AUGGAGGACCACAAGAUCGAGGACUUUCCCUCCCUCUUCAGCCUCAAGGGCAAAGUCGCUGUCGUCACUGGAGGCUCGCGAGGACUCGGCCUGACAGCAGCCUCAGCCCUCCUCCAAGCAGGCUGCACCAAAGUCUUCAUCUCCUCCCGCAAAGUCAAAGCCUGCGAGGCCGCCGUCGCCACCUUAAACGCCCUCCCCAACCUCCCCCAAGGCAGCCAGGCCAUCUCCGUCCCCGCUGACAGUGCGACCGAGGCCGGCGUGAAAGCCCUGGUCGACGGCGUGCGCAGCCACACAGACCACGUCGACAUCCUCCUGGCCAACGCCGGCGCCACGUGGGGCGAGGCCUUCGACACGCACCCCGACGCCGCCAUCGCCAAGGUCUUUGACCUCAACAUGCGCGCCGUCUUCAACACGGUGCGCCUGUUUGCGCCGCUGCUCCAGGCGCGCGCCUCGAUCGCGGAUCCCAGCCGCGUGGUGAUCACGGCGUCGGUCGCCGGGCUGGGCGUCGGCACGCUGGGGAAGCAGGCCACGUUUGGGUACUCGGCCAGCAAGGCCGGCGUGAUUCAUCUGGGGCGGAACCUGGCUGUCGAGCUGGGGCCGCGCCAUAUUACCGUGAAUAGUAUCUGUCCGGGCUUCUUCCCAACCAAGAUGAGCACGGUGUUGCUGGAGCUGAGCGGGGGCCAGAAGAAGUUUGAGGACUCGAACCCUAUGCGGAGGCUUGGGAAGCCUGAGGAUAUUGCGGGUGUGGUAGUGUAUCUGUGUAGCAGGGCGGGAAGCCAUGUGAAUGGGGAGGCGGUGGCUAUAGAUGGUGGUGCGAUGUGGACCAGGGGGGAAUUGUCGGCUGCUGGGGACUCGCACCUGUAG